ACCAUUAUGACCGCUAUAAGUUGGACAUACUUUACACACUAAUCUAAUUGAAGAACAAUCUAACUAGCGUGCGGACAUUAUGAGGCAAUUAACACUUGCCGCAGUUCUUCUUACAUUGGUAGCAAAUUCAUUUCAAAUCGAAAGAUUAGAAGAUGUCUUAGUGUACGCAGUGGAACCAUCAAACAAAAUUCAAAAACGCGAAGUUACCGAUACAACUAAGAAAAAAAGCUUUAACCAAUUUAAAGAGUUUGUUGAGGAUAAAUUGGUUCAGCAUACACAAGCUUUAGAACAUUUAGUAAAAUUAGUACAAAUAAAUGAAGAAACGAGUAGACAGCUGCUUGAAAAUUUGAGCAACAAUAUUGAGCAGCCGAAACUGCCAGAAAAAAUGGAGGUAAUAUCACGUCGUUCCUUCAGUUCUAAAACAUUAACGCCAGAUGAUCCAAAUAAAAAGAUAAGUCCUUGGUGCGGUGUGGCUUUACUGUGUCAUAGAACAUAUUCCCCGGUUUGUGGUUACGAUGAUAAUUUUGGCUAUGGGAAAUUUGAUGAUGUUUGUCAUAUGCUUCAAGUUAAUUGCUACUGGAGAUACAAUUUCGCUCUCGUACCAUCAUGUCGACCGAUAAUGUGAUUUAAAAGAUUUUGAUUACUCUAUUUUUUAUGUUAUUUCGAAUUAUAUAAACAUAAAUAUGCGUUUAUAUUAAAUGUAAUUUUAUAUAGCAGUAUUAAUUAUCCAACGCCUGGUCCUAA